UUGCCGCCCUCAUAUUUCUGUAUUCAGUUUACUGGAACCUUCGCAUAACCUGAACAGAUUAUGAUUUAAAGGGUUGCGUAUUGUUGUAAAACAAUGGCGCGUUUAUUUGUUAAAUCGAAAUUUAGAAUAGUAACAACAUCCGUUAGGGACAAGCACGGUUCGACUCAUUGGGCUGUGCUUAGGAAACAGACAACUGCUAGAGAUAAAGCACUCGAUUACUUUGAUGAAUAUUAUGGACCACUUUAUGGGGAUCUAUGGACAAACAUGCGAGCUUCGUUACUUAUGAAAAGAAAUAAACAUGUAGCAGUGAUUAAUAAUUUUAGUGAUACAGAAAGGACACAUUCGGAGUUGAAAUCCAUGGGUGCAAUGCAUUUAAAGUCAGUAUAUGAUGUAUUUAAAGAAGAUGUAAUUAAACAAGAUAUUGAAUCUAUGAAGCCAAAAAAUGUACAGAAUCCCAUGAAUACUAUUAUACAGAACUCUGAAUUAUCAGACAUAGAAUCACUUUAUACUAAAGGAUGUACCGAUUCGUUGCAAUCAGUAAAAUUAGAAGAAGAUACUGAAUCAUUGAUUAGACUAGACGACGCAUUACAGCCUAUAAAAUUACAAUCUAUAGAACGAGAUUUAAACGAGAUUGAAAUAGAUACUAACCGUGUUAUUGAAUCGUCUUUCGACCAAUCUGUACUUCACGAGUACAUACCUGCUACAAAAUUGAAGGGUUUGGACGAUUAUGUGCUACAAUCCGAAUAUUAUACAUUUUAUAACAAAGCAGCUGAAUUCAAAGUAGAUAUUGUUAAAGAAUCUACUAUAUCAUUCCCAGAACACUUACACCCAUAUGCAUUUGAAAGAGGAAGCGAGGAGACAUUUCUAUUUCCUAGAAGAGGAUCUACUGGAGUUUCAGAUUAUUAUUUGUUCGAUGGUGCCUCCUUACUGCCUGUUUUAGCUCUUGAUAUCAAAUUGGGAGAUGUUGUUCUCGAUAUGUGUGCUGCACCAGGGGGUAAAUCCUUAGCUAUUGUUCAGACCCUUAUGCCACAUCUAUUGGUGGCUAAUGAUGUAUCAGAAUCUCGAGCAAAUAAAAUACGUACUGUUAUAACCCAGUAUCUGUUCAAUACCGGUAAGGAGAAAAUGAUUAUCGUAACAGAAAACGAUGCUCGAUUAAUCGAUGAGAAAGAUCUGUAUAAUAAGAUACUAGUUGACGUACCGUGCACGACGGACAGACAUUCGUUGCAUUCUAUCGAGAAUAAUAUUUUUAAAUCUACCAGGAUUAAGGAAAGACUACGCCUUCCAGAACUACAAUCUGAGAUUUUAACAAAUGCAUUAAAAUUAGUGAGCGUUGGAGGUAUUGUUGUUUAUUCAACAUGUGCUCUAAGUCCUGUUCAAAAUGACGGUGUUGUGCAUGUGGCAUUGAAAAAGGCCUGGGAAGAGACUAAUCAUAUUAUGGUUGUAAAGGACAUGACAGAAGCUUUAUUUCCGUUACGAUAUGUGUACGAAUUUGCAGAAAUAGGAACGAGAUACGGUCAUAUCGCUGUUCCCACGCUUGGUAAUAAUUGGGGUCCUAUGUAUUUUUGUAAAAUAGAACGAAUACGAUGAGCAAUUAUAUAACAUCCAAAAGUAAUUGUAUAAAAUGUACAUAAUAUUGUAAGUACGUAAUUAAUGACGUAAUAUUUAAAGUAGUAAUUGUAAAAUUUGAGUAUAGUAAAUCUAUAAGUCUUGUCAUGUAAAAACAGAUUAUCAGUGAUAAUCUUUUCUUUAAACAAUUUUUCAUUUCUCACACAAUAAUUGUUAAAGUGAAAUUUAUCUAUGUAAGUACAAAACCGGAAAAGUAAUACUGAACUUUAUGUGUGUCAAAAAUGAAACGAAACAAUUGAAUAAUAUUAUACACAUCCAACAAAAAUCUA